GCAUCCAUGCAUACAUUGCCACUCUAAGGCUCACCAAUGUGAGGGACCCCAUUGUUCUUGAUUCUUCACAAAGUUGGGAUACGUGGGGAGGACUGGAGCCGAGUUCUCUUGAUCUCAUCGUCAACAUCAACAUGAUGCACAUCACAGAAACGAAGUGUACUGAGGGCCUCUUCAAAGGAGCUGGACAGCUGUUGAAACCGAAUGCUUUGCUGAUCACAUAUGGGCCCUAUGCAGUACAAGGUGUAAUUAGUCCCCAGAGCAACGUGGAUUUUCACACAAGUCUAAGGCAGAGGGAUCCUUCCUGGGGCCUGAGAGAUGUGGCUGUUCUGCAGAUGCUAGCUGAGCAAAGUGGAAUUGCCCUGGAGAGAAUGGUUGAUAUGCCUGCCAACAAUAAAUGUUUGAUCUUCAGGAAGAGAUGGCUAGAUGAAGGAGUUGCAGUUUGAUUCCAGACAUGUUUGUCAGGCUUUGAAGAAGCCACAUCUCUGCCACCCUCCGUGAUUGUACCCGUUCACGGUGCCUUUUCCUUGUAAUGAAUGUCUGGCUCCAGUGAGUGUAGUGGAGGCUUCACAGCAUGCUGUGGUGGGAGGGGAUAUCCAGAACAGAAUGGUUCAUGAGGAUCAUCCAACUUUCUGGCAUUGUCACUUAAAAAGGCACCAUUUCCACUAGCUACAUGUGGCCCCAGUGAAAUCAGCUUGACUUUUCCUCCUCCUUUUCAUGUGUACCUUGUCACAUUCUGUACUCCUAACCUCCUUUUCAGUUGUACCUUGUCACAUUCUGCACCCCCACUGUCAGUGGGCUGUGGUCACACUCGGCAUUUACUGGAUUAAUGACUGUUGAGAGGUGCAUUGACUGCAGUUCUUGGGCAGGGGAAGAUAUCCUUUACUGUCAGUGGGCUGUGGUCAUGCUCUGCAUUUACUGGAUUAAUGACUGUUGAGAGGUGCAUUGACUGCAGUUCUUGGGCAGGGGAGGAUGUAUUUUAAAAGCUGUUGUGGCUGCUAAACAGUGCCGAAGUUUUGCUUUCAGUUAUGUUUUGUUCACUGCCCUUUGGAUUAAUCUGACAUUCGUUAAUAACAACGUUGGUUAUUUUGUAACA